AUGGCCUUGCCACCAACCGCCCAAAAUGCUUUCUCUUUCAUGAUGAAUCGGCCGCAGGUUAUCAAAGACAGCGGCGAGAACGUCAAAGAGAUCCACGAAUACCUCGACCGCUUGCGCGUCAACUACACCGAUCGCGCGGCUACCCUCAAAUACGACGCCGAAAAUCCGCUGCUGUUCAAAGGCGAGCGCGACGUCUCCGGCGGUCAAACCCUUCACGCCUACAGAAUUAUAAUGAAGCAAAAAGAGGCUUUAGAGCGGGAAAUUCCGGGAGCCGUCAAGGCUGCCGAAGAUAUCUGGGCCAGUGUCCAAACCGAGACAAGCAAGGACGGCCGUGAGCACAAGACCAUUUGCCCGGGCCUACUGGCGGAGAUCAUCAGAUUCGCACAACCAAUUCUCAACGAUAUCAAUUCAAGCGAGGGGAUCUCCACGGAGCUCCGUCAAAGGCUCGGGGACGACGACGAGUCGUGCAACAUGGUGUUGCGAGCCUUCCAAGGCAUGGCGACGUAUCCAGACGACGACGGCGACAAAGAGCGGGGUGCAGAUCAACAUGGCAUCGAGAGAUCGCAAAACGAGACGUCUCUGUUGAACGAUCAAAAGGAGAAGGAUGAGGCAGAACGUGAGGCACAGAAGCAGUCGAGUCUCCUCAAUAGCAGAUUGCAGGCGAAAGACGAUAUCAUUCAGGCACGAAAUGGCGUCAUCCACGAGUCAAAUGCUGCUAUUGAGGGACUCAUGAACGAUAACUCGUCCCUCGUUAAGGAGAAUGAGCGACUGCGCUCUCGAGUCCGUCAACUGGAUCAGGUCUGCCAAAGAAACGACUCUCUACGCACAACCAUUCAGCGCCUGGUAGAUUUGGGUAGUCAAGAGCCCGGACACACCAACGAUGGAGACGACGACAGAGAAGACGACGCAGGCAACGAAGACGCGCAGAGCCCUUCCGAUGACCAAACCUACAAGGAUUACUGCAUGCAACUCAACUGCCUCGUCCGAAAUCUACGGAUCGAAAAGAGCACAGCUAUCGAGAACGCUGAAAAAGCGAACGCUGCGGCGGAAGAAGAGACGAGAACGCGGCAGGCCAAGGAAGUCGAACUUGAGGGCGCCCAGAAACAAAUCGAUCGACUGUCAAAGUCGCUUGAGACGCAGCAGGCUAGCCUGAAAGCUGCAUCAGAUGAGCUGAUAGAGUUGCAGAAAACGUGCGAGGAAUGGGGACGUUCGGAGGCGUCUUUAUGGUCCCAAAGGACCGCCUUACGUAUAGAACUCAAGAUUGCGCGAAGGGAUCUGGAGAGACUCAGUAUGAAUACCCAGGAGACGAUCAAGGGUCUCGAGAAUAAACUCCAAGAAGCGAAAGACGACGGCAAUGCCAACAUGGAUCAGCUACGACGACAACACGCAGACACUGUCACUGCCAUGAACGAGGACAAGGGGAAGGCGAAAGAGCUGUCGGAUGGUCUAAAAGCUACAAUCGUCGAACUAGACGAGAAGUUGGAUGGCCUAAAAGCUACAAUCGCCGAACUGAACGAGAAGCUGGAGGUGGCGCGUCAAGACGUCACUACCACGAACCAGAAGAAACAGCAAGCAGAAGAGGAGUCAGAUGGGCUUCAAGUUACCAUUGAUGAACUGAACGAGAAGCUGGAGGUGGCGCGUCAAGACGUCACUACCACAAACCAAAAGAAGCAGCAAGCAGAAGAGCAGUCGGAUGGGCUUCAAGCUACCAUUGAUGAACUGAACGACAAGUUGAAGGCGGAGCGUCAAAACGUCACCACUCUCAACCAGGACAAGCAACAGGCCACCAAGGACGCGAAAGAGGAGUCGGACGGGCUCCGGGCUGUGAUUGCUGGACUGAAGGAGAAGCUGGUGGCGGCGGUUCAAGAUAAACAGCACGCAAAAGAGCAGUCCGAUGAACUUCAAGAUACCAUCGCUGAACUGAACGAGAAGUUGGAGGCGGCGGGUCAACACGCUGCUAGCCAUGCCAAGACUUUGCAAGAGCUCCAAGCCACGUCAGACCAGCUCGAGGAAGACUUCAACGAGACAAAGGAAGGACGAGGACGCCUCGGUGAAAGAUACAUGGAAUUCUUUCUCGGUGGGAGAAGCACAAUGGCGGAAGAAUUGAUGCGGGAGAUCGCUCGUGAGGACGCAGAAUUCGCAACCGUCGAUGCCGGAGUGCACAAGCCGUGGCUCGUCGAAGGCACAUGGACACGGGCUCAACAGGAUAGUGACUACAGCCACUUCACCAUCAUCGAGGUGAUCCUGAGGCUGCCCAAUGUCAUCCUUCACAGCGAAUGGAAUGGGAAUCAGUACCUUGCGUUGAUGCGCCGACUGACGGAGCUCCUGAGUCAAGUUCCCAAACUCAACAUGUCGGUCAUCGACUUGUUGUUAUCGGUCGUCAACAACCGUCUAGGAAGCCUCCCAUCGAGGGAGCAGGAUUCCGCGAGCGUGGCCUUAUGGGCAAUGCUGAAUAUCGUCUUGAAGAGGUGGGAUGUCGAAUUCGAUAACCACAAGCCUGACGUCCUGGCAGCGUCCGAAGAGAUUAUGGGUAACUUCACGCCCAACGAGGUCAACGAGAACUGCGUCAUGGUGGGAGAGGGUGAGGAUAAACUUUACCUUGUCAAGGUUGAGGAAUGGCCCCAGGCCGUUGUUAUCAAACACACGAGUCGACGCAAUGUCGUGUGGUUCGUUGAUCGGGAUUGCGGCAAACGCGAGGACAACUUCCUCACGCUUCGCGGUGGGCCGUCAAAGAAGAUUGAAGUUGACCUGCUUACUGAAGCCGGGUACAUCUUUUACCUCCGUGGUUGGUAG